UUGCAUUUAAUAUACGCCUCUUCUCUUAUGGUGGCAACCACCACCACCACACCUCACAAAAUUCUUUCAAUUCGAAUAUAAUAAUGGAUUUAGGAUUAAUCAAACCUGAUAAUGAAUUGGAUGGUUAUCUAAAACAGGCAAGAAAAUCUGAUACUAAAUAUCGUUGGUUAAUGAUUAUGAUUGAUCGUCAAAAAUGUCAAAUGAUAUUGAAAAAUAAAUCAAAUAAACAACAAGAUUGGCAACAUGAUUAUCAAUUAUUUUAUAAACAAAUUGAUCGUUCAGAUAAUCGUCCAUUUUUUCUACUUAUUCAUCUUGAUUCGAAUAAUAUAAAUUGGUUAUUGAUACAUAUGUCACCACCGCAGUCGGAUGUAAAACAAAAAAUGGUUGCAGCAUCAACAAAAACAACAUUAAAAAAUUCAUUUGGUACACCAUUGAUUACAAUGGAUUUAUUUAUCGAAGAUUUUGAUGAUCUUAGUUUGGAAAAAAUUUUCCAUGAAAUUCAAUGUCGACAACAUGAUAAACGACAAAUACAAACAUUACAAGAAUUAGAACAACAAAAACAACAAGAAUUAGAAGUUAUGCAUAAAAUUCAACAUUGCCAUUUAGGUCGUUCAGGUGGUGCAUUACAUUUUGAUUGUUUAUUAGAUGAAAUGGCUGAAAAUGAAAUCGGAAAAUUUCAACAAAAACAAAAUCAAUAUUGUUGUUUACGUUUUAUUAUGUCAAAUGAUUAUUCACAAGUAAUAUUUGAUGGAAAAUUAACAUUAACUGAUUAUCCAUUAUUAGCAAAAUGUUGGAAUUAUCAACAAUUCGAACAACAUGAUCAAAUAUUAUUACCACAAAAUUUUCAACCUGGUUAUAUUGUAUUUCGUUUUCGUCAUCAAAAUCCAUUGAAUGAAAUUAAUGAUAAUAAUGAACCCAUCGAACGUUUUAUUAUGAUUAGCUAUGUACCAAUCGAUAAUACAUUACCGGCUAAAUUAAGAUUUUCAUAUUCGGUUAAUCUAAAUUCAAUGAUUGGAAAAUUGACUAAUAAAUUGGAUAAUCAAUUAAAAUAUUUUGAAGCAGAUUCAUUAAAUGAAGUAACUGUUAAACGAAUAUUUUUCUUAUUAUAUCCAUCAUUAGAUAUGGAUCUAUCCGUACAAAAACAAUCAAACGAAAUGGCACCACCAUUAAAAUUUGAUAAACCAAUUGCAAAAGGUCGUGGUCCACGUCGUAUGAUUCGUUGACGAUUGCAACAAGCAAACAAACAAACAACAACAAUUUAUUUUAUUUUAUUUCAAAAAAAACAUGAUUGAUUGAUUGUAAAACCAAAAACAAAACAAAAAAAAAACUUUGUCCAAAUUAUUACAAA